UGCAAACUUCCUUUGAUUUUCCAACAAAUUCUUGGGUUUUCCGGGGAAAUUUUUUGAGUUUCUUGCAAUCCAAUCAGGUCCAGACACUGGGUCUCCAAGAAACGCACGAGGGCAUGUUUGGAUAGCGAGGUACUAAUAGCAUGCCAGUGUCAACAAGGUCUCAGAUCAUCAACAACCCAGGACAGAAUGAGCCAAAUCAAGACAACAGAACCAGACCCAAGACAGAUCAAGAAGAGACCCACAUGGCUCACCCAUUGAGAAACCCACACCAUGGACUGAAAGAGAAAAUGAAAGCUUUGACCCUCUUGUAUGAGCAGCAAAAACAAGCCUCUGCUUCUGUCAAGGACCCUUCUUUCAAAUCCGAAGAGUCAAGAUUUUCAACUCAUCCGAGCAUAGACCUUCUUAGUUCUGGCAAAAGAGCAGAAUCAAAACCCAAAGAAUCAAAACCCAUAAGCCAUGUGAUGAGAGAGAACAUAAUGCCUAGUUCCACAGUGACAAGGACUUAUGUGUUGCCACAACCACCAGUGGUGGAGGAUGCUAAGGAGAACGUGGCCGUGGGCGGUGGUGAUCGGAUUGUUGGGUUUUCAUGUCCAAGAAAGGCUAAUAUGUCGAGUACUGUGGCGAGAAAGCUCUCAAUGGGAAGCUCAGUAGUGCCACAGACAGAGCCAAGAGAGAUUGGAGGGACUAACAAGGAGAAUGUGCAAGAAUUGGAUACUAUUUCAGAGAAACCGGGUGUUGGUAAUAGAAUUCUUGUUUUUGUGAGGCUUAGGCCUAUGGCCAAGAAGGAGAGAGAAGCUGGAUCAAGGUGUUGUGUUCGGAUUGUCAACAGGGGUGAUGUUUACUUGACUGAAUUCGCGAGUGAGCACGAUUAUCUGAGGCUAAAGAGGCUUCGUGGGCGGCAUUUUACCUUUGAUGCUUCAUUUCCUGAUUCCACCUCUCAACAGGAAGUCUAUUCCACAACAACUGCAGAGCUUGUGGAAGCAGUUUUGCAAGGAAGGAAUGGGUCAGUCUUCUGCUAUGGUGCCACGGGAGCUGGGAAGACAUAUACGAUGCUUGGUACUGUGGAGAAUCCAGGGGUUAUGGUAUUGGCUAUAAAGGAUCUUUUCAACAAAGUUAGGCAGAGAAGCUUUGAUGGAAACCAUGUGGUUCAUUUAUCCUAUCUUGAGGUCUAUAACGAAACUGUCAGAGACUUGAUUUCCCCUGGCAGGCCUCUAGUACUUAGAGAAGAUAAACAGGGGAUCGUGGCAGCAGGUCUUACUCAAUACAGAGCUUAUUCUACAGAUGAAGUAAUGGCAUUACUUCAACAAGGAAAUCAAAAUCGGACAACUGAACCAACUCGUGCCAAUGAGACUUCUUCACGUUCCCAUGCUAUUUUGCAGGUUGCGGUUGAAUAUCAAGUCAAAGAUGAGUCGAACAAUGUUGUCAAUCGAGUGGGAAAGCUGUCACUUAUUGACCUUGCUGGUUCAGAGAGAGCUCUUGCUACAGAUCAGAGAACACUUAGAUCACUUGAGGGGGCUAACAUUAAUAGGUCACUCCUUGCACUGAGCAGCUGUAUUAAUGCCCUUGUUGAAGGCAAAAAACAUAUCCCUUACCGUAAUUCGAAACUCACUCAACUGCUAAAGGACUCUCUAGGGGGAGCUUGUAACACUGUAAUGAUUGCCAAUAUCAGCCCAAGCAAUCUCUCAUUUGGCGAAACCCAAAACACCCUUCAUUGGGCUGAUCGAGCAAAAGAGAUCCGAACCAAGGUUCAUCUUCCAAGAUUCUCAAUCUUGCAGCUUCAUUCUUUCUCUUUAUUGCCUCGGUUAACUUGCUUAAGCUGA